UUUCCUGAGGGACCAGCGAGAAGAUCUGGUUUUUCCGGGGCCUAGCAAAUUGAUAGGGAGAAAUGGAUUGAUUUCUUCAUUUCAAACUACAUUUCUAGUGCAAAUUGAAUUUGAUCGAACAUCUAUAGACGUGCCCGUAAAAAGUUUUACGACAAUUCAAUGCAAGGUUUUGAUGAUCUUUUGAAUGUGGAUGUGGAAGGGUUGAAGCUGUAGAGGGAAGAGGAAGAUGAACUGCUUUAGUUGUUGUAUGUCACAAGAGAAAAUCAACAGAAGGUCAUUGAAAAAAAGCAUUAAGGAAUACCACGACACCAAAACUUUAGCCUCAUUCACUAAGCUCUCCUUCAAAUCUGAUAGCAGUAGGCGACGGUACAUAACUGAAGAGCUACAGAAGAUUGGAAAGGGAAAUAUCUCUGCUAGGAUUUUCACUUUCCGUGAGUUGUGUGUCGCAACUCAAAACUUCCACCUUGACAAUCUACUAGGUGAAGGAGGCUUUGGGAGGGUGUACAAAGGAAUCAUUCCUAGCACGAAUCAAGUUAUUGCAGUUAAGCAACUCGACAGGAAUGGAUUCCAAGGAAACAGAGAAUUUCUUGUAGAGGUUUUGAUGUUGAGUCUUCUUCACCACCCUAACCUUGUCAAUUUGGUUGGAUAUUGUGCUGAUGGGGAACAGAGGAUUUUAGCUUAUGAGUACAUGCCCAAUGGUUCUUUGGAGGAUCACCUUCUUGAGGCACCUCCCGACGCAGAGCCUUUGGAUUGGAAUACCAGAAUGAAAAUUGCUGAAGGUGCAGCCAGAGGGCUUGAAUACUUACAUGAAACAGCUGAUCCCCCAGUGAUAUAUCGUGAUUUCAAAGCAUCAAACAUACUAUUGGAUGAGAAUUUCAAUCCGAAGCUUUCUGAUUUCGGCCUUGCAAAGCUAGGUCCAACCGGGGAUAAGACCCAUGUCUCUACCAGGGUGAUGGGAACCUAUGGCUACUGUGCACCAGAGUAUGCACUCACAGGCCAGUUAACCACAAAAUCUGAUGUGUACAGCUUUGGAGUAGUGUUUUUGGAGAUUAUCACAGGAAGAAGAGUCAUUGACAAUGCAAGACCCUCGGAAGAGCAGAAUCUAGUUACUUGGGCACAACCACUAUUUAAAGAUAGGAGAAAGUUUACGUUAAUGGCUGACCCGCUGCUUGAAGAUAACUACCCUGUAAAGGGUCUAUACCAAGCUCUGGCAGUGGCAGCCAUGUGUCUCCAAGAAGAAGCUGAUACUCGGCCUUUGAUCAGUGAUGUUGUAACAGCUCUUGAAUUUUUAUCCAUACCCAGGAAUGAAGAGGGUUCUGGGAAGUGCAGUAGCGAUGCUAAUCAACGUAGCAAUGGAGAUGUGCAGUACGAUAGCUAGAUGAUGGUAUUGAGGGGGGUAGAGAAUAAGAAAAAGGUACCAGUGAGGCUUUGCAACUGUUUCAUGAAAUUUCAUCAUGUUGUUGUAAAUUAGUCAAGAACUAACCCCAAGCUGAGCUGCAAAUAUUGUAAAAAUUAAUGAACUACACCAAU